AUGGCUCCGAAACGCAAGGCCACUGGAAAACCUGUGGGAGAUGAACCCAUCAACAGCGACGCAGAAUCGCACGCGUCGCACGCCGAGAAGGAAGCCGAAGAGCCACAACUGCCUACAGGAUCAGUCAGCAAGCUGAGACGUUUACAGGAGCGCUUCAACAAGGAUGGCGAUGAGGAGACUGUAGAGGUCGAGGAGCUCAGCUUGCAUCGCGGCGCCGAUGGGCAAUUUGCCGCCGUGGUACGCCAGGUCUACACGAAGGAGAACAAAUUGGAGACCACUCGGUUGACCAUCAAUUCCCCUCACAUUCUGAAAGCUUUCCGAGACGUGGUGGGAACCUAUCCAACGCUGACAGUGGACUUCACGGAACCUUUCGACAUGGAGGCCCCGUUCUAUGUGCUCCAUCACUAUUGGGAUGAGUUUGACACAUAUUGCCGCGAAUUGAUGGAUGAAGAAGCUCGUUCGCAUGUGGAAGUCCUCCUGGAAUACAUGAACUCAAGUCUCGGAAAGGAGCGACAGAUGAUGCAGGCAAUGUUGUCGAAAGAGCAGAUCACCUUCGAGCGCCUUUGGCGUCUGUACCGUCCGGGUGAUCUCGUCGUUUCAUAUCUCAGAGGAGGGCAUCUGUGGUUCAUGGAGGUCACAAGGACCUUCUAUGAAGAAGAUGCAAAAUGCGGCAACUACAUGAUCGUCGAAGCAGCUCACACAGAUUAUGACGGCACCUGUGUGGGAACGAACAAAUAUUCUUUCAAGCUGCUUCAAAGGGCUCUUUUCGGCCAAGGGAAUCCGAUCAAAAUCCAUGAGCUCCCAGUAUACCCUCGGAGAUUCCUCGAUGAAGGCGAGGAGCUCGACAAACGCAUGAUCGCUAGAGGUGAAAAGUUCAUCCAAUUGCAAGGUGUAUCCAUCAAGCACUACAACGGCCUCGCAGAGCAUCUCAAAGAAGCCCCGCCCAGCUAUUGGGAUCCCGAUAUGGACGAAUUCAAGCCGGUCUGGAUGCCGUACACGGAGAGUGGCCGUGUUAUGAUUGAUCGAAAGACUUACCAGGAGGAUCAUUAUGCAGGCUCGCAGCUCGGGAAGGCAGGCGCCAUCACCGAUAAGGAUCGAUUGUUGUGCCCACCGUUCGUUUUCGGCUACUCGGUCUCACGUAAAGAGUGGUGUCGAUUCUUUAUCGACAACAUCAGCGAAACGACUUGGAAGAAGGAUUCCUUUAAAUCCCUUAUCUUGCCUGACAAACAGCUCAACAUCAUCAAUGCACUCGUCUCUUCUCACAACUUCCCGGAUGAUGCGCGAAAUGAAACAGAGCAGAAGGGCAAGGGCCUCGUGGCGCUCCUCCAUGGUCCGCCCGGAUCCGGCAAAACACUUACAGCAGAAUGCGCUGCCGAGGAGACACAACGAGCGUUGUUCAGCACAUCCAUGUCCGAACUCAACAAGUACAAUGAGGCCUAUUACUUCGAACGCGAACUCAAGAAGGUUCUGAGACUAGCAACAAUCUGGAAAGCAGUUGUGCUCUUCGAUGAAGCCGACGUCUUUCUCGAGGCCCGCGGAGACAAAAGUUCGACGACGAAUGAAAUGGCUUCUCGAAACGCACUGGUCGCUGUAUUCCUGCGACAUCUGGAAUACUUCUCCGGAAUCGUGUUCCUGACUACGAACCGCAUCCAUGUCUUUGAUGCGGCGAUGAAGAGCCGAGUGCAUCUCGCGCUUGGCUACUCCGCUCCGGACAUCGACUCGCGUCGCCGGAUCUGGGCACAUACCCUCAGCGUAAUGCCCAAGGGAGAAUGUAGUGAUGAACUCGUUGCGUCCGUCGACGCCCUGGCUCAGGCCAACCUCAACGGCCGAGAGAUCUCCAACAUCGUAAACACGGCUCGUACGCUGGCGAGAUUUUCGAAGGUCCCGCUGAGUCGGGCACACAUCCAGAACGUUGUCGGGGUGCGGAUGGAGUUUGAGGAGAACCUUGUCAAAGCACGAAUUCAGGAGGAGGUUGCCAAGCAGAGCUCUGUCGUGGAGCGCGGCUCCAUCAUCGCGCGAGGGCAAUCAGAAGCAGCGCAAGAGAUGGACAUUGAAUAG